GGCUCUCCGUCAGCAUCUCCACCUUCAGCCUGGUCGCCAUUGCGAUCGAGAGGUACAGCGCCAUCUGCAACCCGCUGAAGUCGCGGGCGUGGCAGACUCGUUCCCACGCCUACCGGGUCAUCGCCGCCAUCUGGGUGUUGUCGUUAGUCAUCAUGGUGCCCUACCCAGUGUUUAGCCACCUCAAGUCGUUCCCCAAACCCGACCAAACCACAGGACACAUGUGCCGCCUGGAAUGGCCAAGUGGUGGGGUGGAACAGACAUGGUACAUGCUGUUGCUUUUAAUCUUGUUCGUCAUUCCUGGGAUGGUGAUGAUCAUUGCCUAUGGACUCAUCUCCAGAGAGCUGUACCGGGGGAUGAAGUUUGAGCUGGACCAAAACAGAGAGAGCAGUGCAGUGAAGAACGGCGUAAACACCACCGUGACCACCUGCAACAACGACACAGACGAUGACGGCUGCUACAUCCAGAUGCCGAAGAAGCUACCAUCCAUGGAGCUGUCCACCCUCACCACCCUUAUCCCGGCCCCUCCCAAACCCAGAGCGUCCGCCGAGCACCCUCGUAGCAAUACCUCGGAGGCUAAACUCUUGGCCAAGAAGCGUGUGAUCCACAUGCUCGUCGUCACUGCCGUCCUCUUCUUUGUCUGCUGGAUGCCCCUGUACACGGCCAACACGUGGAAGGCUUUCCACAUCAGCUCAGCCCACCGGCUCCUCUCGGGGGCACCCAUCUCGUUCAUCCACCUGUUGAGCUACACAUCGGCGUGCGUCAACCCCAUUAUCUAUUGUUUUAUGAAUACACGCUUCCGCAAGGCGUUGCUCACCACCUUCGCCCAGUGCCGCCCGCCCUGCUGUCGGCGCCGCCGGGGGAGGCGGGAUGAUGAGAUGACAGUGACGGGGACUAUGGGUCCUUCGUCCAUGUCCAAGCUCAGCUAUACCACAGUGAGCACCGCGGGGACCUACUGAUUAUUUUUAUAUGGGGGGUACGGUGUCCAUAUUAGGACAGCCUCAGUCUCAUCAGGACUUCUUCCUAACAUGGACCCUGUAUAGGGGGAACACAGGGGGCUGUAGCAGUGGGUACACAGUUAGUUGUGACCAAGGUGACCAAGGAUGGCAACUGACAGAAUGCUUGUGCAUUUCUUUGCUUGUUCGCUCCUAUAUGAGUAGCUGCAGGUGUUUAUGCUCUUUGUGGAAUACUUUAUUGACUAUCAAGUGCCUGUGGUCUACAGUGGGCAUCAUAAAUAUUCACCCCCCUUGGAUUUCUUCACAUUUUAUUGUGUUACAUAGUGGGAUUAAAAUGGAU